GUAGAUGGGCCUAUAACUGGGAGAGCUUAUAUAAGCAGCAGUUGUGGUAUUAGAUAAAACUAAGACAGGGUCCAAUCGCAGAAGUAUUUUGUGCAGCUGAACGUUUUUGUUUGCAAUAAAGUGCAUAUUUUUCAGAUGCCUACAGAGACCUUUAUUUUUCUUUGUCUAGGAAAAUGGAUCAGUAGUGCUUUAAAAAACCUUCAUCUGCGUCCAUGACAGGUACAAUUCAGUGACAAUUGCCAAGUGAAUUUCAAAAAAUGUCACAUCGAUAUCUAAACGAAGUAGAAAUGGAACUGAUCUUAUGAGCGGAAAUGUUUCAUCACCAGCAAGAACCUCAAACUCAACCUGUCUAGCCACAUUUUAUUUUGAAUAAGAAAGGGAAAUGUCCCGCUGCUCGAGCAUGACAUCUUCAUCAAAGAUGAAUAAAUCAUUGACGAUAUGUUUUGUUAGAUGUGCUGGUUCGGUCGAUUACGCCUCUACGACCUCUUUAUACGAACGGUGAAGAUAGUUGGAUGUAGUCAAACGCAUGGACAAAAUGAAUAAUCCUCAGUUGAAAGAACUGGAAUCUGGGCGAAUUCAUUGUAGUGAAUCAAGCAAACGAGGUGGAUUAUGAAUCAACAUCAAGGACAAGGGAGGUAAGCUAUAUUAUCAAAAGGUUAGCAAGGAACUGAUCCUGUAACUUGCUCUUGAAAUUUAAAUCCCUUCAAAAUUAAAAACGACUGGCAUAACGGUUCACUUAGCAAGCACUUAUUUAUCACACACAUUUAACGUAACUUGUUGGAUUUCCUUAUGAACUGGAGAUCAAUGCACAAAUAGCUAACUGGGCAGAAAACACACAGACUAUCUGCCCUGUAAAGUGCAAGAUUUUUAAGCUUUCAUCGGAACCUCCAAGAAACGACGGUGAUUUUUCUUUUACUUGUCGUUACCUGUCUGAGUUCACGAAAACACAAAAGGGACCAUUUGAUGGAUCCAUCUUAAAACUAUGUGGGCCUCACGUUAAAGAAGUAUUAGUCAGAACCACCAGGUUUUAAUGUAAAGUGACAUGAAAAUUCUGGUUUGCAAGUCAAAAAUAAUAUCAAGGCGGGAAACUAUGUAUUUUUUCUCCCAAGCCACUAAUGUUACCGCUUUCUUUUGUUGAAAACCGCUCUAAUCUAGAGUAAUACCUCGACCAUUUUGAUAAAGCCAUGAGUUCAAGCCACAAUCACAAUGUUUUUGCACAAUGAAGUUUAUUAAGGUGGAUAAUUUUCAAUUAGUUCACAUAGUCACUAAUCGUUUCUUUCGAAACCACUCUGUUAAUCCAAUUGUAAAAUGAGAACGCGAAGGUGCCCGAAAAGGACUGAACGCGACUUCAGGUGCUCGAUUUGCCUCUCUGACAUUGGGCAAGGUGGUCCGUUGUCAAAAUCUGCCUAUUAUUGUUUUAAUUAUUGUUCCAAUAGCAUAAUUUAAGCAACAACCAAAGCAGCAGAUCAGUAAUCGUUCAGAAACUGAAAGUAAAAAUCCCAGCUUCUUAAACGUAUUGUGGCAGCUGACCUCACUUCCGUAUCACUUGUAGCUCAGUGGUUAGAGUAUCUGAACCAGAACUCGGAGGGCCGUGAGUUCGAUUCUCGCCGGGAGCUCGGAAUUUUUUUCAGAUUUCUGGUGUUAGAUUUCUCUUUCUUCCAAAUUAUACAGUAAAAAGACCUUUUUUAUAAAGCGCAGAAGGAGGAAAACACAAACAAAAGAAGCAGAAAGGUAAAAUUGCAAAAUUUUCUUAAAUAUCACAUAAAUGAAACAUAGUUGUUGGCAAUCAUAUCAAAAGGUUCCGCGCGGACGGUACAGCUCCCGCGUAACCGCCUGCAAUUGCAUUGUCGCCUUAAAAAGCAAUAAAGUAAGAACAAUCCGACAGAAAUCCCAACAAAGUAAAGUAAAUACUUCUGACAGCGCGACCAAGGGGAGAGGUGAAUGUGACUGACUAGAGUGAGAAGUCUAAAUCAAAACGUCGAAUCUGUUUAGGCAAGUAAUUCGUUACCAAAAGAGGGAACUACCCUGAUUAACUAACAACUGUACUCCAAAUAUACACUAUACGAGUACUCUGAAUUACCUCUACGCAAAGAAAACAGAAUGGAGUGUUGUAUACGUGCUGUUUCUUGGGCGAGUGGAGAAGUAAGGAGGUUAUAGGCGGAAAAAGUAAGUGUAGGAGACAAAACAAUAUUUCACUAUGACUGAAACGUAAGGGAUGAACGGAAACGUUUAAUAUAACCUCAAGUUACGAUUAACGGUUUCUCUUUGAUCACGAAUCCAAGCAGCUAUUGAAAUCGAAACCCUUACUAACGCAUGACAGAGUCUUAAGCAUGAGAUUUUACAUCAAACAGCGUCCAACCAAAGGCAAUACAUCGGUAAAAUCUAAAAGUUUGCAUGCGGAAAUGCGACGAGAGUAUUCAAAAGUGCGACACACAUUCAGAAAACUCGAAAACCGAGUUUUUCUUUUUUGUUUGUUGAAUUAGUAGUCAUUUGUUAGGAUUCUACAGCUGGUUUAAAGCGUUCUGACAAACAAUUCCGUUAUCAUUUUUUAAUGUACGUUAACUUAACCGAUCAAAGGCAAAGGAGAAUUUGAUCCUGCACCUCCACCUGAACUCUGUCGAAACAGGUAACCAGUUUGGUUUUCCGCCACGAUACUUACAGGUCAUAAGUGGAUUUUUUUUUCCUGAAGAAUGGCGCAAAAUAUUAAAAACAAAUAAAAACUCUAUCUCUUCAAAAACUCAUGAUCUAAUCCAAACUGAUUUCAAGUUACGUAUUGAAGGGAAAAAAGUCAAUUUCCAAAAUCUUAAAUCAAAGUCAUUAUAUGACAGUUUUGUUUCUAAGAUAUCCAGUAUACCAACAGCGCAAAAGAAAUAUAACGAAGCUUUCAGCACACACACAUUUCAGUUGGACUGGGAAAAGAUAUAUCUACUGCCCUUCAAAACAACAUUGGAUACUAAAUUAAGAGAAUUCCAAUAUAAAAUAUUAAACAGGAUCUUAUACACGAACAAGAUGCUGUUUAAGUUCAAAAAAGUAGAUUCUCCCUUGUGCGAUUUUUGUGAAAAGGAGUUGGAGACCAUAGAACAUCUCUUUUCCAUUGUACAAAAAAGUAAGCAUGUUUUGGAAUGAUUUAAAGUCUGUACUUGAUUCUUUUAAUAUAACUAUUAGGUUUGAUAUCAUGAAUGUCCUUUUUGGGAUCUUAGAUACAGAUAAUAUAAGCAUUCUAGCCAAUUACAUCAUUCUUGAAAGCAAAUAUUUUAUUUACCGCUGUAAGUUAAAUAAGGGCUGUUUAUGUGUAAGACUGUUAGUCGAUAAAUUUAAAAAAACGUUUCAAACCGAACGUUUUAUCGCGAAAGGAAACAACAAAAUCCAUUUCCAUGAUAAAAAAUGGAAGCCGUUACUCCCAUUAAUACAACAGUAGCUGUUAUCCAAACUUCGUUUUUCUAAUACUCCCUGUAUUACUCUGUAUUUUAAGUUCAAGUCGAAUAAGUUAUGUAAGCCUUGUAGUGUAGUGCAGUGUAGCUUUUUAUUUAUUUAUUCUAUUUUCUUUUUUUUUUUUUUUAAUUAAGGUAGUUGUUGUAAAUUUUGUAAUGUUUGUAUGUUUCGAUCUGUAUGUUGUUUGUACUAUACCUGUAAAAAGAAAAUAAAUAAAUAAAAUACAAAAAAAAUAAAUAAGUGGAUUUGCUAAAUCUUAAUUUGCAUCGAGCGUACAAACCCACUUCCCUAGCUCACCCACUCCCCCCUGCCCCCAAAAAAACAAAAACAAAAAUGAAGGCGCGAUCUUUUGACAGUGCUUUCUGGACUAACUCGGCAAAUUUUGGUAAGGCUAGGCUACUACGUUCAUUCUCCAUUUAUAUAAACGCCUUUCCUUGGUUUUUAGGUAGUGGUGACCACUCCUUCUUUAAAGCAGAGCGGAAGAGACGGGUAAUACGUAGGAAAAGUCACCAACAUGAGUAUUAAUUUGGAGUUCCUCUAAUUUAUUUUCUUAGUGAGAACGGACCAAAAUUUGCGUACUUCCAACUGCCCACAAACAGUGAUUCCGGAGACACAAGCUUCUGACUCAAGCGCCUCAACACUGAACGCCUGGAACAGGCCAACUCUUGUAAAAAAAAACUGCCAUCUCUUUACGGCCGCUGAAUAUGAGGUGAAACCUUCCGAGUGA